AGUCAGCGAGGGUGGUGUCAGGGCUCGAGUCGUGCCCAGCGUCAGCUCGGGGGGGCCGCCUUAGUGCGGGGAGAGGAAGCGAGUCCAGGAGGCACUCCGAAGUCCCCGCGAUGGCUGCACGGGGAUGCGAGCCUUCACGGCUGCCGCUGCCCGUGCUGCUGCUGCUGCUGCUGCUGCCGCUGCUGCGGGCCGCCGGCGCUGCAGGCGCGCGGUGGAGCGGGGAGGGCACCAGCCCGCUCCUGCAGAGCAUCUUUCUGGGCCGCUGUGCCGAGUACAGCUCGCUGCUGGGCACGGAGGAGCGGAACAAGAACUGCACAGCCAUCUGGGAAGCCUUUAAGGUGGUGCUGGACAAGGAUCCCUGCUCUGUUUUUCCCUCGGACUAUGACCUUUUUAUCAACCUCUCCAGGCACUCUAUUCCCAGAGACAAGUCUCUGUUCUGGGAAAAUAACCAGCUCCUUGUCACUAGCUAUGCAGAGAACACCCGUCGCUUUACACCUCUAUGCGAUGUUCUGUAUGGCCGGAUUGGAGAUUUCUUGAGCUGGUGUCGACAGACAAAUGCCUCUGGACUCGAUUACCAAUCCUGCCCCACAGCAGAAGAUUGUGAAAACAAUCCUGUGGAUUCUUAUUGGAAAAGGGCAUCCAUCCAGUAUUCAAAGGAUAGUUCUGGGGUGAUCUAUGUCAUGCUGAAUGGUUCAGAGCCAACAGGAGCCUAUCCGGUUAAAGGUUUUUUUGCAGAUUUUGAAAUUCCCCACUUCCAGAAGGAUAAAAUCACACGAAUUGAGAUCUGGGUCAUGCAUGAAAUUGGGGGACCCAAUGUGGAAUCCUGUGGAGAAGGCAGUGUGAAAGUCCUGGAAGAGAGACUGGAGGAAAUGGGUUUUCAGUACAGCUGCAUUAAUGAUUACCUACCAGUGAAGCUGUUAAAGUGCGUGGACCACAGCACUCAUCCUGACUGUGCCUUAAAGUCGGCAGCAGCACCUACUCAACAAGAAGUCCCAUCCCUCUAUGCAGAACAAAGUGCCAGCCUCAUCAUUCCUCUCUUAGUGGCUGUGGCUUCAGUUGCUCAAAAGUAGCUAGAAACUCAGCUCUGUUGCCCUAACCAGCCCCCGCCCCUGACACCUGCCCUUGCACACUCAUCCUUCUUGUUCUGUGUACACUCAGUGAUUCCAUUGUCUAAAGAAGCUUCCUGCUGGGAAAACAAUGUCCUGAAAUGGGUUUUUAAUGACACACAUGCCCAGGAUUUCAAAAACAAGAGAUUAGUCUUAUUUAACAGGUUAAAACUGCUGCAUUAGAAUUAAAAUAAAUUAUUUUCUUAUUUUCAUAUUGAUACAAAGCAUUGAGACCCAGACUGUUUGUUAUACAGUCAAACAUUUUUAGAAAAUUCUAAUAGAACUGUAUUUUAUAU